GCUGACAUUCUAGUCUCGCGUGUCGGUUUAACGUUUUACACCGUAAAUUAAACUCACAAUCGUGUAGGGAAAUUGCGAUAAAGUGCGAAUUUCACCGUAUAGGCUGACCUUAGAGAUGGAGGUUAAUAAUGCCACAAAAAGUAAAAUCAUUGUGGAUGCAAAUGGAGCAAUGAUGCCAUUCGAUGUGUGUCAUAGUGGAGGAUCAGACUCAUGCUACUCCACAUACAGCUUUCAGAACGAUAGCAAUGAAGAAAGUGGAAGACUGUCUGAGAUGCAAGGUUUCUCCUCCGAUGAGCCUCUCCCCUACCAUUCCUGGGCGAUGCAGGAAGAGCCUUAUCAACAGAUGGAUUGUGCUCAGAGCACUCCCAGAAACAGGAAUGUUAAAGACGGUAUUGAUUGUGGGAGCGAGGCUGACCUCUAUGGAUUAGUGUCCACCAUCUUGGAGGAGGUUGAUCCGAUGGACUCGUACUUCUGUCAAGAAAUGUCAACAGGUCUUACGACUGGGUGGUCCCCGAUGUCCCAGGAGAACAGCUUGCAGUAUCUUAAUUCCAAAGUAAAGGCACAGUUCAGUUCUGGAAUGCAGCACAAUCCCGAACCCGGCAUCAAGCUCUACACUCCUCCAGUGGAACAGGAGUCCGAUCAAAGCUCUGAUGUGUUUCAGACACAUUUCAGUAGCUUUGCUGCUGCUGAACCCUCUUGGUUGUUUUCCACCUGCAAUGGAGAAUCUAAAUCUGAAUCCUACACCUCAGCGUUUCAGAAUUUACCCAGACCACCUCCCGGUUUUGAUGUCUCGCAUGCAGUGAGAUCAAACUUCUCCAAAGGCAAACCAGGUAAAUCAGAGCAUGGUGUAUCUGUUAAAGACAGCAGAUUUCAGAGCAUCAGUGACGAGAGCCGUCCGAAUGUCCUUAAUGACGAUUGCCAGCUUCCGAGCGGUAUGAAUGACUCAUUUUUUAGCCCAUACCAAGAUUUCUCUGCAUUGAAAGGAUUGAGAAUCGGAAAGAACACGCCGUAUCCCAUGGAGGAUGUCGGCAAGCUGCCUAACAGUUUGGAGGCUUUUCUUGUGGGGGAGCAGGAGGGUGUGUAUAACAGAGAAUCAGCUCAGAGCAUUGGUCACAUCUCGAGUCUGAAGAGAGAACUCGCAAGGGCGCAGAGAGAAGGUGGAUUUGGGACUCCUGAGGAGUUUGCUGAUUUUGGUCAGCAGUCAGUAGACUGUUUUGAACCUCCUAAAGCCUACUCAUCUUCUUUCAACUUUUCAACCCAACAAAGCAAAGAAGCCAACCAGAGAGAAGCAAGGAAUGUUCAAGCUGUUUUCAAUCACUACCAUCAUGGGAAGUCAAACCAGUACCACGGUUACACCAAGCCUCGCCCCAAAACAACCUUUAAUGCUAAUCAUCCAAGUGCAUCUAAAUUCAUGGCUGAUUUUGCGCCUGUUCUGUCACAGCAACAGAUGCAGAGGACCAUACCUAAAACCUUCACUAAUUUCGGGCAGGGCGAUGUAAAGACGUGUCACGUGGGCCUGGGUUUAGGUGUUGAGGGUCUGGGGAAGAUAGGAGGCGCUGUGGACAGAGGAGACUUCGACCUACAGUCAGAAAUGGCCAGGUUGCAGACUUCCUCAGCCAAUGGCGUCAUAGCUGAUGCGCAACGUUUUGGAAUAAAAGCUAAAGCCCCAGCUGUGUUCCCCAAAGAAGCAGACAAGAAAAAAGGUCUGCUGCAGCAUCCGUAUCAGAUUCGGGGCAAUGCUUAUACAAGUCAGGCCAGACACAACGGGGUCACACCUGCAUCAUGCCAGAUGUUUCCUUCUGUGUACCAGAUGGGACAGAACCCAUGCCAACUAUGGUCAGACGCAGAAAUCCUUGCCCGAAACCCCUACCUGCAGGGGCUGAACCGCGCCGGAGGAGACGGAGUCUUUCCAGAGUUAAUCUCUAACCUGAGGUCAACCAACAGUCACGGUGGCACUACGAACCAGCUACACUACUAUCUGGAAGAGUGCUUUGAACGGUUGAGAGUUUUGGAGAAAGAAAGAAAGAAGGCUGAAACUAUCCUGCAGAACAGCUUUCCAGACAUGUGUAUCUUAUCCAUGACGAACAAUAACACUGUGCCCAAGUUGCCUCUCAACCCCACCGGAGUGGACAGGCUAAUAGUGGACCAGUUUCGAGAGCAAGCCAAGGUGGUGAACUUGUUGGGGAAGGUGGAGCGCUUGCGGAGUUUCCCUCUCCAUGCCAAUAUCAGUUCGACUCUGGACCGGCACCUAGAGGCGAUCUAUAUCACUCAGGCUCGCCGCAAGGAUGAGUCCAUGAGCAGCAGCAGACAGAGACAGGGCAUAGCCAGCGUCAGAGAGGACGGAGAGAUUCCACGUUUGGCCUCUGCGAUCAGGGACCUUAGCAGGAGCACAAGGACGUCCUGCACCGCUCUGUGGUGCGCCCUGCAGAUGACUCUGCCUCAAAAAAGCAGCAGCGCCGAGGAUGGAGACAAAGGACACUCUUCAGAUUUAGAGCAAGACAAUUCUGAGCAGGUCGAACCUUGAAAAUGUGCUUUACUUUAUGUCAGGCAGCCGUUCCUGUGUGGCUCAGUGAGGCGCUCGGUAAAGAAAGCGAACGUUGUUGCAUAAAUUUCUUGAUACAGUAGGGUCAAUGAUACAGUAGGCUCAGUUCAGAGCAAUAGAUGGAUUCCUUAAGUUCAGUAACAUUAUCAAUCUUAUUAACACUUCUAAAUGAUAUAUAUACACAUACAUACAUAC